UGCACAAGGCGGAAGAGGUUAUGGUGGUAAUCCCAAUAAUCAGUACGACCAAUACGGCCAAUAUAAUAAUCCGUACGAUAACCAGUACAACAGACCACAACAAGCAGCCGGCCAAGGGUAUCGCCAACAGGAUGUUGAGAUGACUACUGUGACAAAAAGUUCUAAUGACGUUACUUCGUUCUUUGAUGAGAUCUCUUCAAUCCAAGAUUCAAUCAAAAAGAUACAGAACAACGUUGAUCAGAUUUCUGAGCUUCAUUCCCGCUCUUUGGGAACUAUUUCAGAAGAUGAGGCAACUAAGCGACAACUCGACGCAAAGAUAGCUGAGACGAGAACUAUGGCAAAUCAA